ACAGGUAUACAGCUAUUAUAAAAGGGCAUUUUGGUGAAAGUGUGGAGAUUUCAUAGUCAUGAAAGGUUGAGAUUCUUGAUAGCAAUGUGAUAAUAAUUCCAGACACACAGGAGUAUCAAAUACUGACCACAAAACACUGAUAAUAUCAAUUCUCAUAAACCUCUCAACCCCACUUCCCCAAAACAGAAAGGGAACAGAACCAAAAUAAAUACAGUUCAUAUUACUAUAUUUUUCACGCUAUAUAUAUACUUUUUAGGUUAUAAAGAUUAUUUCUGCAGAUUACUUGUAUGAAAAAAAAUGGAUUUUCAGAGCUCAAAGGCAAUUGCUUUGUUCAUACUUUUCAACAUACUGUUCUGUGCUUGUGCUUCAGCUCACAGUAUCCCAGCUUUCCCAUGCUCUCCCCCUUCAGGCCUAAAACCUAAGUGUCCUAAAGAUACUCUUAAAUUUGGGGUCUGUGGUAGCUGGCUUGGUUUGGUUACUGAAGUAAUUGGAACUAAGCCUAGUCCAGAAUGUUGCACCCUCGUAAAGGGCAUUGCUGAUCUUGAAGCUGCAGUGUGUCUGUGCACAGCACUUAAAGCUAAUGUGUUGGGUGUCGUCAAGCUUAAGGUACCUGUUGCCCUCAGUCUCCUGCUCAAUGGCUGUGGAAAGAAGGUUCCAAAAGGUUUUAAAUGUUAAAUAUUGGACAUCAUGGUCCAUUUGUUGCUUGAUUAUUUGUUGACUUUUUUCUUAUUGUUUUUUAUUUUAUGCUAUAAGUUUCAGUUUGGAAAAUGAUGUUUGUAAUGCUAUAUAUUCUAUAAUGAAUAAGACCUAUAAAAUUUGUUCUUCAA